AUGUCAACAACACGUCGUAAUGUCAUCAUAACCGAUUUGGAUCAAUCCGACAAUGAACAGCAACGACAACAACAGCAAGAAGACCAACAUCGUAAGGUUGGCCACAAAAAACGUACCAAAGAAAAACAAUUACAAACAUUAUCUGGGAAUUUUACAAGACGUUCCCAGAGUGCUGAAUGUAAGCCAGAGGAAAGACUGCUGCGUGGCGGUGAAUCGACUGGUGGCGGUGGUGGUUGUGGUGAUAGGAUAAAUAAUAAAAAUGUGAAACAUGUUAGCUAUUUUCAUGAUUUGCUCCAGUCGAAGGACAAACAAAUGGAAAAACUCCUUCAACGCUUAGCGACAGUUCAUAAAUUUAACGAACAAUUUGCCGAUGAAAAUCAACGCCUACUCCAUGAGGCCAAAGUUCUGCAACAACAAAUCGCCCACCUACAACAACAAAUAGCAAAUUGUGACAAAUGUCAUCGUUUGGAAAGUGAACUAAAGAAGAGUGAUGAAGAUAAUCGUUUAUUAACUGCCGAUGUAAAUAUGAUGAAGACCUUGGUCUACCGUUUGAAUGUACAAAUUGAACAUUAUCAAGAUGCAUUACGCCAAUCGAAAUUAGCUUCCGAAGAAACUCUAAAGACUGCCAGUGCCUCAGGUGCGAAUAAAUCUUCCAUAUCACAGUGGCAAGAGGAGCCAAUACGUAAUCAUACAUUGGCUCCACUGCUGCAAUCCUACGAUGAAAUGAUACGCGACAAAGAUGAUUUAAUACAACAAUAUACCCAAGAAUUUGAACAUUUUACGGGAGAGUUGAAAACAGUUUUGGAAGAGAAUAAUCGUUUACAGCAGCAAGUGGAUUCGCUGAAGAGAGAUGGUGGUAAUUGGCGUGAGGAACGUGCCCGACUUCAGGCUCAGCUGGACAUAUGCCGGCAAAAGGCUGAAGCUCAAACCCGCAAAACUGAUUUAGCCAAAGAAAAACUGGUCGAAGUUAUGCACUGUUAUGAACAGAAGAUACAAACAUUGGUUUUGGACAUGGAACAUUUACAGAAUGCAUAUACCAGAUGUAAAGCAGAAUUGGUGUCUCUCAAAAGUAUUGCAGCGUUACCCCAAGACACCAUAGCCAAUUCACUAAAAGAAUGCAAAGAACUGCUCGAACAAUUACGCCAACAACAUAGCAAGGAAAAACAUUCUCUGGAACGUACAAUUGGAGAGCUAACCGAACGACAUGCCAGUGCGGAUCAUCAAGUGGUAAAGUUUAAAGAUGAAAAUGCUAAAUUAAAACAAGAAUUGGAACAACAUUCUGCUCAGAUGGAAGAGUUGCGGAAACGGAAUGCCUCACUGCAACGUUCAACAGAAAAGGUGAAAAAAUCACGAGAUCGUUUGCGGGCACGACUUCGUAUUGCUCUACAAUGGGCUCAAAAACUAGAAGAAGGUCAAGCGAAUUUACAAAGUACUUGGGAUGCUCUCAAACGUUUGGAAACUAUUGUCAAACAUAAAGAAUCUCAAGUUCGUGGUUUACAUGCUCGUCAUUUGCAGGAGAUUGAUAAAAUGGAAAAGAAAUUAGCUCAGAAGGAGGAGACAAUAAGGACGAUAUUACGCGAUCGUUUAAAUGUAAAUACAACGGAAAAGCGAUAG